CCUGUGACGCGCAGAAAUUUUAAACUCUCGUCCUUCUCAGUGAUGGCGGCUUCGUUUCGUUCUCUCCCUGCAAGCUGUAAUAACAAAUGGUACUACACCCGGCAGCAGAUCGACAACAGCCCAUCCCGGCGAGCUGGACUUGAUCCCGACAAGGAGCUGUCCUACAGGCAACAGGCCGCCAACCUGCUCCAGGACAUGGGACAGCGGCUCAAUGUGUCCCAACUUACUAUUAAUACAGCCAUUGUGUACAUGCAUCGAUUCUACAUGGUCCAGUCUUUCACCAGAUUUCACAGAAAUGUUAUUGCUCCUGCUGCUCUCUUCCUCGCUGCUAAAGUCGAGGAGCAACCACGAAAGCUGGAGCACGUCAUCAAGGUGGCCCAUGCAUGCCUCAAUCCUCAGGAGCCUUCACCAGAUGUACGCAGUGAUGCCUACCUGCAACAAGCCCAAGACCUGGUCAUUCUUGAGAGCAUAAUUCUCCAGACCUUGGCUUUUGAAAUCACCAUCGAUCAUCCUCACACUCAUGUUGUCAAGUGCACUCAGCUUGUCAGAGUUGUUCCAGCAAGUAAGGAUCUGGCUCAAACGUCAUACUUUAUGGCCACAAACAGUCUGCACUUGACCACGUUCUGCCUGCAGUACAGUCCGCCUGUUGUGGCUUGUGUGUGCAUCCACCUCGCCUGCAAAUGGUCCAACUGGGAGAUCCCCGUGUCCACAGACGGCAAACACUGGUGGGAGUACGUCGAUCCCACGGUCACCCUCGAGCUGUUGGAUGAGCUCACGCAUGAGUUUCUACAAAUUCUGGAGAAAACACCGAGUCGGUUGAAACGGAUUCGCAACUGGAAGGCGGGAGGUCAGACGCCAAAAGUCAAGCCGAAAGUCCAGGAGGAGGGUGACCAAAGGGACACCAUGAUCAGCAUGAUCUCCAUGGCCUCGUCAGAGAGCACUGUUGCCGGCCUGAUGAGCCUCUCAGCCCCACCGUCCGCCUCCUCAUCCUCUUCUGACAAGGGAGCGUCUGGCAGUGCUCAGAGCUGGAGUGGAAAAGGUCAAACUGGAGCUGAACAGCAGCAGCAACCCAACCACGAGGUCCAUGCCCCAGCUAAGGUCUCACUGAGCGAGUACCGAGCCAAGAAUGCCGAUGUUCUGGCCGCCCAGAAGAGGAAGCUGGAGAACAUGGAGGCCAGUGUGAAGAGGGAAUACGCCAAUGCAGCUCAGGCUCUGAUUGGUCAGCAGCAGAGGAAGGAGAAGCAGCAGCAUCAUCACCAGCAGUCAAGCUCGUCCUCGUCCGACAUGUCCAACCCUUCGCCUAUUAUUCUUAAAAUCCCCCUGGAGAAGGAGAGGCACGACAGGAGCUCUCUGAAAGUUCGCUACCCACUGGCUGGUGGAUGCGGAGGCAGCGGGCACAGCGGCAGCGCCCGAAGUCAGGAUCCGGACAUCAAAGUGAGAAUACGAGUGCCUGAGAAACAAAGGGGGAGUUCAGGGGAGGAGGGCAAGAGCAGGGAUAAGCACAGGGAACGGUCUAACCACCAUCACCACCACCACCAUCAUCACCAUUAUUCCUCCUCUUCCUCCAGCAGUGCCUCACUCUCCUCCUCACACAAACAUUCGUCUAGUUCCAGCGGGGCGCUAGGAAGCAGCAAAAAAGUCCCGAGCGACUCCUCGAGAACGAGCUCCUCGUCCUCCUCGACCUCGCGUAAGAGGACGCACUCCCAAGAUCCCACAGCAGGCUCUCACCCGCCCUCUAAAGUCAGCAAGUCCUCCAGGAAUCCCUACCAGCUGCCGUCCCUGUCUUCCUCCUCUGGGCAAACUUUGGGGCACGGUCCCGACAUUCUCCCUGCGCUGGGCCUUCCCCACCACCAGGGGAGCUAUUCACACUCCAAAAGCGACAAGACGGACACCAAUGGGCACGGUGCAGCAGGCGGGGCCCAGUCGAAUGAGUACCAGGACACUUUUGAAAUGCUAAACUCUCUGCUGAGCGCACAGGGGGUGCAGCCGUCCCAGCCGUCCAUGUUUGAGUACAGACCUCAGUAUGGGGACUAUCGGUACUCUGGCGGCUCCAGAGGGAACAAUCCUAGACCCCCUCCACUGCCUUCAGAACCACCUCCCCCACUGCCGCCGUUACCCAAAUGAGUUCCUGUUCAGGAGACCACGUUGUGUACAUUGUACUUGACAUCACAGACAUCCAUCUUGUUACAUAAAGUAUUGUAUAAUCUGUCUUUUUUUAAACUCACCCAGCAUUUUUAUAGACUUCGGUGUGACAGCAGAGAAAUGUACUGGUGAGAUAAAUGACUUAUCUUUUUACAGUGCACUUGUGGGGCAAUAAUGAGGCUUGAAAAGCUUGAAAAAUGUGAGAAAAAAAGAUUUACAGGAAAGUGUAGAUAAUAUUUUUUGUUCCUUUUCUCCUCAAUUCAAAUGAAAUGUGAUGACGGGACCUGAAUUUGAGAAAGUCAGUGUUUUGGAAUCAUAAAGAAACAAGAGGAUUUUCAUCACAUACCUGUUAGGUCUUCUUACCAACUGUCUUUUUAUAAUGUUUUUAUAGUGUGUUAUUUAUUAAUUGAAAGUUUAAAAAAAAGAAACGGUCCCCUUUUCUACCUUUUUUAAGGUUUCCCCUCUGUUCUUUUUGGCCAGAGGGACAUUUCUUCAUCAUGUCUGUACAGGCUAGUUUGACAGUGCAUGUCUCGAAAGCCAUCUUUUCAAUAUUUUAGUCCUUUUUAUAAAAAAAAGAUAAAAAGUUUUUGUUUUUUUUAAAUAGCCAUAACCUCAAAAAACAAGAAAAAUAGCCCCAUCCCUGGUGUUUAUUUGCUGCGUUAUUUGGUUAAGUUGUACAAAGAUUGCAAAAUGUUUAAAACAAACAAAAUAUUUUUUACAUUUUGUUAUGAAAAAAACUGCAAAAAAGAGAUGUAAAUUAAGAAAGCUUUUCUUUUUAAAUUUUGAGUGUUGCAGUCAUUGUUUUAAAUGGUUGUAAAAUAUUCAUAUUCAGUUCUCUAAUGGAUACACUAAAGUCAUACCGAGGACACACAUCUGUUCAAAGAGUUUAAACAUAUCAACCCGCUACGGUCACUAUGAAGGAUUUGCCAGCAGGAAAAAAAAAUGUCCGUUUUGUUUCACAUGUACCAUUUUCCUCAGGAGGUUCGGUCUUUUAGAGCGAUCCCAGCUAAACUCAAAGAUAGAUUUCAGCAGCAUAUAUAAUAUACAUAAUUUUUUAGCUGUGUUUGUAUCAGCACUGCCGGGCAGGUCACCCUAAAAUCAUGCCAGAGUUUGGUGACCUCCAGCACAGUAUAUGAAGAGUAUUAUGAGGACACAAUAUCAGAUUAAUCACAGGUCAUCUGUCUGUUUUUGUUCCAUUUUGGGGAUGAUUUGAACAUGUAAACCCCUGUGUAUACCUGUCUGUUCAUGCCGAUCUGAUUUUAAUCAUGUUAAAGUUGUCUUUUUGUCAAACUAAAUUGGUGGAUAUCCAGCUUCAGAUUGUUUUAUUAUCCAUCUACAAGCCAUUAUUCAUUAAAAAAUGUUUGCAUGUAUUCUAUAGUUGUGUAAAAUCAAAUAUGGGAAGCAGGUUAUCGAUAUACCUCCACCACAAGGUCUCAAGCAUGAAGAAGUCUAGUAAUUAAUCUGAAUUAAUGUUUUAAAUUUUGUGUUUGAGCAAAAAUGAGAGGUGCUAUUUGUUGGCAAGAGGAUUGGGUAUCACCUGUACAUUUGAUUCAUAUUCAGCUUUAUAUGGGUUUGAUUGUGUAGUAUUACUGCUCUUAACCUGCUCUGUUUAAUCGGUUUGUAAUCAACAAAAACUCUCUUUGUUUUAGGCAGUUCACGGUAAUGCAGUACAACAAAUCAGCCAUACAAUUGUAAGAUAUUUUUUGUUCCCUUGGUCUAUGGAAAAUAUGCUGGAAAAGAAAAGCUCCUUGCUCAGGGAGCAGAGGUUUUAUUAGUUAUUCAACUCUUGGUUGUAACAGGGAAACGGUAAAAAUGCACUGAAUAUUUAUCUUAGUAGGUCUGCCUACAAUGCAAUUGACAAAGUGUUACAUGUAUAAUGGUUAGACUAUUAGAGUAGAUUUCCGAUAUAUCAUUGCCAUCCUUGAAACUUGUUUUAUUUGAUCCAGGCAAAUCUUCCAAUUUAAGUAUUAACAUUAUGCUGUGAGAAAGUCAUAAAAAACAAGGACACAUUUUGUAAUAAAAUACCCAUCUGUGAGAAAAACGGAAGACACUCAUGCAACCUAACAAUGCAAAAAUCACAUAGCUACAAUAAGUUUCAUGGUUUUUCAUGUCUUGGUGUUUUUAGUGACACUCAGGUCUGGAAAUGAAACGUUUUGGGACUUUUUUGUUUUCAGUUAAGAAAGUUAUAUGUGAACACUGUUCUUUUUGAUAUAAUGUGGUUGCUUUAUUCUCAAAGUCAAUAAAUAUUUUAAGAAAACGUU